UAUGAAUUUAAAAAAAGAGGCAAUUGAGGAAAUUGACGUUCUGAGAGAUAGAAAGAGGAGAGAAUUACGAACUAUUCGUUCAGCAAGCUCUUAUUCAAGUCUCCAAAAGGCCGCAAUGUAUCGAAUGGCUGCUUUUAGACCAAUAACUUGUACUUUGGGAGAUAAUCCUAGAGAAAGCAGCGUCACGUUAAGUGCAGUAGUCAAGGCGAAAGCACAAGCUAAAAAGUUAAUACACAGAAUAAGAAAAAGGGAUAGACCUACUUCAAAACAAACUGAAGAACAAUCUUCUAGACCAGUGACAGCCACUAGUGAGGAUAUUCUAUAUUACGAUAAGGAAUCGGAAGAAGAAGAUGAUAAUAAAUCAACAGUACCAGAAGAGACAGAUGAUCAAGCAUUAUAUAAUUUGGCAUGUAAAAAAUUCAAAAUAAAGCCAAGUCAAAAAUUUCUGAAAGGUUUAGAUAGCGAAAGCAUUUGCUUACGUAAUCAUUUUCCAAACGCAACAGUAAUGAAAGCAUUUUGCGUUUCUCUAUUGAAUAAUACAAAGGUAAAAUCACUUGAUUUUGGUUCGAAUGCUCUUGAUGAUGUCUGCAUCCGAUAUAUAUCUGAAAUGAUUGUCGAAAAUGUAUUUAUUACACACUUGAAUCUUUCUGGAAAUAAUAUUGGUAACGAGGGACACCGUCACCUUAGCCGAGCGUUUAUUGAAAAUAGAACGAUACUUAAGUUGGAUAUAUCCGAUACAAAACUUUCUGAUGGUGAGGCGCGCCAUCUAGCGGAUUUGAUAGCGAAAAAUCGAAGUAUUACUGAUCUGAAUCUUAGUAAAAAUAGUCUAAAAGAAAAAGGUUGCGAAAUAAUUAAUCCUGCUCUAAGUUUUAACGAUACCUUAGUCACUUUAAAUUUGAGUUGGAAUCAUAUUAGAAGAAAAGGAGCUGAAGCAAUUUGUAGAGCAUUACAGAAAAAUCAUUCAUUGGAAACUGUUGAUCUCUCAUGGAACGGCUUCUAUUUAGAUGGGUGUAAAGCUUUAAUGAGAGUAUUAAGCAUUAAUAAAACAUUAAAGGAUUUAGAUAUAAGCUAUAAUAGAAUUGAUCUUGAAUCUUUACAAUAUAUAUUAAAAGGUUUAAAGAAGAAUAAAACUCUUUUUAAAUUAGGAAUUAAAGGUAACGUCUUUCUCUCGGAAGGAGCAACACACUUAAUUAAAUUAAUAGAUCAAGUUGAAUCUAUAGCUUUAGAGGAAGUGAACAUUGAUGGUUUAUGGGUUGAACCGCUAUUUAUUGAAAAGUUAGAGUCAAUAAAGAUGAAACGGCGUUUCGUUGUUAUUCAUGGUCCGAUAAUUAAGCAAAGGGAGGGUAAUUUUAAAGAGAAUGAAAAUGAAUUUAAUCGAGAUGAUCCAAUGACUGUUCUUAUGGAAUGUAUGAGAUUACAAAAUCUAAGAUUAGUAGAUUUAUUCACAUCGUUAGAUAAGGAUGGUUCCGGAACGUUAUCUCGGCAAGAAUUCAAAGAAGGAUUACUGAAUAUUAAUAUUCCUCUAUCAUCUGAUCUUCUUGACAAACUACUGCAAAGUUUAGACAAAAAUGAAGAUGGUGAAGUUGACUAUAAAGAGUUAACCGAAGGUCAGAAGGAACAUAAAAAGAAGUUAAUGACUAUAGCGGCAGCGUCUAAAGAUGCUAGAUUUGAAGAUACAGAAGUUGGUCGAGUCAGUAUGAAAUUGCAAAAAUUAAUGGCUAUAAAAUCUUAUGCUACCGAAGCACGAAAGAGGCUUAAAGGAAAAUCAAUUGCUAAUAGCGAAAACAAGUAA